UUUUCUAGGGUUUUGAUGCGUAAGAGCGCUCGAUUCGAUCGGGAUAAGGCUGCUCUUUCCAGGCUCGCGCUCCGCGCCGUUUGAUCUCUCAGGGCUGUGGCGCCAGCAGCAGCAAUCCUCGCAUGAUAUUCGGAUCGAGCAGCCCCUUUGGGGCUUCUAGUCCCAGCCUCUUUGGCGGAGCGUCGGCUUCGUCCAGUCCGUUUGGCUCCACAACAUCCACAUCUCCGUUUGGGAUGAACUCCGCGGCGACGAAUCCAUUUGCUGCCAAGCCAUUUGGGAGUCCUACCUUUGGGCAGCAGACUGGCGGACUGUUUGGAAGUGGGACUGCUACCGGUGUGUUUGGUGCUUCCCAGGCAGCGCCAUUUGGCUCGAGCUCCCCUGCAUUUGGCUCGGCUACUGCUUCUCCCUUUGGCAACACACAAUCAGCGUUUGGAGCCAGUGGAAGCCCUGUGUUCGGACAAAUUGGACAGAAGCCAGCUUCGCCUUUUGGAUCGUUUGGGAAUACCUCGUCUCCCUCGAAUCCAUUUGCAGCUCCCGCGUUUGGGCAAACACAAGCAUCUUUUGGGACACAACAGCUGCCUACGUUUGGUGCUAGUCAACCAGCUUUUGGAGCGAGCUCGACACCGGCCUUUGGAUCGACGUCUGCGUUCAGUAGCCAGCCGGCUGCAAGCUUUGGAAAUCCAUUUGGAGCCACGAGCUCGGCCUUUGGAAGCAGCACUCCAGUGUUUGGCCAGUCGGCUCCUGCCUUUGGGACAGCUUCGUCUCCCGCUUUUGGCUCGACUCCUGCAGGUUUUGGCACCGGUGGUUUCAAUUCUCAGCCUACUUCUGCUUUUGGGUCCACAAUUUCAUUUGGUGCUCGGCCUGGAAGCCGGGCAAUCCCCUACGUUCCAAAGACCGAAAUUGAUGGAUCUGCGACUUUGAAACUGUAUUCGAUCUCUGCUAUAGAGGGAUACCACAACAAAAGUCACGAGGAACUGCGAUGGGAGGAUUAUCAGGCUGGAGAUAAGGGUGGCCCGGCACCGAAUAAUACUGGGGUUUUUGGUCAGCCUUCAAGCAGCAGCCCAUUCGGGUCAUCCUCUCUUACUCCAAGCGUAAAUCCAUUUGGUGCUUCAAGCUCUUUUUCCCAGCAACAAAAGCCUCAAACUAGUUUUCCGUCUUUUUCGACUACUUCCACUCCUACAUUCGGUUCGUCACCUUCUAUUUUCAAUUCUGUGAGCGCUCCGGCCAUUAGCAGCGCUCCCAGUUUUGGAACUUUCAACAGCUCCCCCUCCUUGUUUAAUACCCAGUCGGCGUUCAGUACUCCCUCGAGUACACCAGCAUUUGGAAAUAGUUCGUUUGGUGUCCAACAAGCCCCUAUAUUUCCAUCGCCACAAACAACGCAACCAGUUUUCGGGCAGUCUUCUGCCCCCAUCUUUGGAAGUUCAAACUCUAGUAGCCUUUUCAACAACAUGAGCCAACCCAAACCUGCUGGCGCCCCAAGUUCUUUCUUUCCUUCAUCUCAGCCCAACACGACGUCAUUCUCUUUUCCAUCCCAGACCCAACCGCAAGGAUUAUUCCAAAGCACGCCCAGUUUGACACCCUUUGCACCUCCGACCAUUUCAACUACAAUGGCUCCCAUGCCUGCUCCUGUAAGUGCGCCAUUUGGAACAUUGCCGGCUAUGCCGCAGAUGUCUAUCGGGCGAGCGGCAGGAUCAAAUCCAACUGUUCAAUAUGGAAUAUCGAGUAUACCUGUGUCAGACAGGCCGGCGCAAAUACAUUCUAAUUCCCUACUCAUCCCAAGACACAUCACGCCCAGAUCAAAAAUCAGGAUGCAUGCGAGAAAAUCCAAUGCAAAGAAGGACUCUCCGAAGAUAUCCUUUUUCAGUGAAGGUGAAGAAGCACCAGUGACUCCGAAGGCGGAUGUAUCUAUUAUUCCACGAGAGAAUCCACGUGCGUUGUUUAUACAUCAAGUGAACCAGGCCCCUGUGACUGCAGUGGCUGCUAAGCGAGCACCUGAUAUCGUGAAUUUGGAGCACAGUGAAGAUUUAUAUAACGAACCGAAAUCUUUUCCUGUUGUUGGCGACGAUUCAUUGCCACCGGAUAUGUCAGGACUUGAUUGGUCUAUUCCAAGUACUACAGAUGGUCUGCAAGCCGCGCCUCCUAAAAAGGUUUCGUCUAAGUCUCCAUCAAAGCAGAAUGGUGUUCGAGAAGAACUCAACCACAGGGGUAAUGGAUACAUAUCCCUGACGGGUCACAGGGCUGGAGAAGCAGCUAUAGCUUAUGAACAUGGGGCUGAUAUCGAAGCUUUGAUGCCGAAACUCAAACACUCUGAUUAUUAUACGGAACCGAGGGUGCAAGAGCUGGCAGCUAAAGAGCGUGCAGAACCAGGAUACUGCCGGCGAGUGUCUGAUUUUAUAGUUGGCCGAAAAGGAUACGGUCACAUCAAAUUUCUUGGAGAGACAGAUGUCAGACGCCUUGAUAUCGAAGGGAUCAUCCAGUUCAACAAGUGUGAAGUGCUGGUCUAUAUGGAUGAGAGUAAGAAGCCUCCUCUCGGACAGGGAUUGAACAAGCCUGCGGAGGUCACUCUUUUAAAUGUCAUGUGCAUUGACAAAUCUACUGGACGCAGCGUCACAGAUGGGGCACAAGUGGAACGGUUUGAAAAGAAGUUGAAGAAGAAAACUCAAGCGCAGGGUGCAGAGUUCGUUUCUUUUGAUGCCUUGAAAGGUGAAUGGACAUUUCGAGUGAAGCACUUCAGCCGUUAUGCUUUUGAUGAGUCGGAGGACUCGGAGGACGAUGCUUUGGAAUCUGGAAAACUGGUUCCCGCUGUUAUGGAUAUGAUGGAAGGGGUCGAGGAUGAGGCUGCUUACAGGGAAAAUGGCGCAGAGGUAUUUCUGGAAUCGCGAGGUCCGUCUUCUGUGGACGAAGGAGAAGAAGAGCUCAUGGAGGAUGUGAGAUCAAGGAACCAUAGAACAGCUCUGCCUCAUUCAUUGCCCGCGCAGCUUAAACUGGAUCCAUUGAAGUUGCACCAGCUCAAAGCAUCGUUCUUUCCCCUGGAUGAAAACGAGUCGGCAGAAAUGACUGACGUUGGUACCUACAAGAAAUCAACUCCGCCGUCGGUUAUCAAGCAGUACAAGUCCAGUUUGGAAGAAGGCGAGUUAAAACGUCCAUCGAAGCAGAUAAAGCUGAGUCCUCAUUCACUAUGGCAACGGUCACCAAUGCUUCUGCCGCAGCAAUCGUCCUUCCAGGCUCUUACUGCUCCAACGCCAUCACUGGUGAAGACUUCGAGAAAGCUAACGUCUGGUUUCCGGCUUCAGGAAUCUGACAGCGAAAAACUUCUGUCCACGAGCAAUUCGGGUGGUGGUGUUGUCGAUGCUGCACUUUUCAUGGGGACCUCUUUCCGUGCCGGUUGGGGUCCAAACGGAGUGUUGGUACAUUCUGGUUCCUCUGUGGGCCAGUCCAAAGCGACUACGGUGGUUUCGUCCUCCAUAAAACUUGAGACGGUUUCUCUCGACAGAACUGCAAGAGACGAUCGAGGUAAAGUCAAGGAUAUCCUUCUUGAUUUUCAGUUUAAUGCUCCUCUCGCGCUGCACAUGUCCCUGAGCAAGGUUGUGAGCGAAAGUAACGGCUUGAAGCUGCGGAGCUUGGUUUGUAGCAAGGAUCAGCUAGAAAGGCUCACCAACGACUACGAGGACCUGAUCGAAAAGCAGCAUGGUACUCCAGGUGUAUCCGCAGCUGAUCAGCUGGUUUUAAAGCAUCAGGUGCUGGCAUGGCAGCUCAUCUGUGUUCUCUUCUCGGAGAAGGAUGCUCUGGUCACCGAAACCGAAGAGGCUUCAGAAAGCAUGGCUGAGAUGAAAGCCCGUAUAGCGAACAUCGAUCCGGGAACUGAAACUCUAGUGCGCAAGGCUGCAUUUAGUGGCUGGCUACAGGAUAGCGUCUUUCAUCUGGUCCAGGCCGACUUAGACUCAACCGGGAAGGACGCGAGCCAUAUCAGGGAUAUAAUGGUCUUAUUAACUGGCAAACAGGUGGAGCUGGGUGUGAGAAAGGCCAUCCUUGCAGGGGACGUUCGUUUGGCGUGCCUGCUGAGCCAGGGCGGUGGACUGGUGGCAAACAGGGAGGAUAUCUUGUCGCAGUUGGAGGUCUGGGAGUCGGAGGGACUUUGCGACGGUCUCAUCGAAAAUGACAGGAUAUCGCUGUUCAAGCUGCUUGGAGGAGAUAUCCACGGUUCUCUCGGCGAUCAAGAGAUUGACUGGAAGCGCUUCAUGGGGAUGUUGAUGUGGUACACGCUGCCUCCUGAGGCUGGGCUUCCGGACAUCAUCCUCGAGUUUCAACGCCUUGUUGAGGAGGGAGACGCGUUUAAGCCGGUUCCCAUGUACAUUGAAGAAGCACCAGUGGAGGUCAAGGAAGCUCCAGCACCACCGCCGGCCUAUGACAGCGCUUACUAUCUCAUGCUUUUGCAUGCGAGAGGGAGCCUUGACGAAUCAGAUGUGAACAAGAUGUUUUCCUCCUCGGCAUCUACAUUUGAUCGUCUGGAUCACCGGGCCGCUUGGCAUCAGAAGGAAGUUCUCCAGGCAAUUGGCGUUUUGAAUCAGUCGGAUUCCUACGCGCUGGACAUGAGUUUUAUCUCCCAGCUUCUUGCCGCCAAGUUGAUACAUUGGGCAGUUUACGUGGUACUCCAUAUGCCAGUGUGCCCGGAAACUACAGGUUUGCACGAGAAGGUGAUCAAGGAUAUACUGAGCCAGUACUGUGAAGUUUGGAGCAACUCGGAGGUUCAGCAGAAGUUUAUAGAGGACGAACUCGGUAUUCCACCGGAGUGGCUGCACGAGACUUUGGCUAUCUACUGGCUGUACCGGGGAGACUUUGAGAAGAGCCUUGUGCAUUACCUCAAAAGCUUCAUGUGGCAAGAGGCUCACGUCGUGUUUAUGACCAAGGUGUCCGCAUCUUUGCUGCUAAAUGGGAAAAAGGAAGAGAUUUGGAGCUACGCGAGCCAGAUGGAUGCGCAUAAAAUGGAGAUCGAGAACUGGGACAUUGGCUCCGGCUUGUACAUAGACUUCUUUACUCUCCUGGGGUCCUUCGAGAACAGCGAGGCUUAUGAUACAGAGCUGGAAUCUCCUGUGGAAGCCAAGAUGUGUGCGUGCAAGGACUUCUUCGAGAGGCUCAAGGAGUCGCAACGAUUGUGGGAAGCUAAAGCUUCGAAGCUACUGAGGCUUGCGUUGACGAGGAUGGCCGAUGAAGUGGCGGCGCUCCUGGUGAGUGAGAGCAAAGUUAAGCGCGUGGAUGCGUCAGUGGAGAUGGAAAUCCAGAGCGUCGCGAUGGAGGCUGGAAGUCCCGAAGACGUCCAGCUUUGCCGCCUCCAAGGAGCCGUGUCAAGCUUCUCCAACUGGAUCGUCCAAAUCGCCGCGUGAAAGUUUGCCUGUGUGUUACAAAUAAAUGUGUGUGAAAGAAAAGAAAGAUUCUUCCCGUGUG